AUGGCAUCAGAGUCAGUGAAGGUGAUUGUCAGGUGUCGGCCUCUGAACGACAGAGAGAAGGCACUGAACUGUAAAAUGGUGGUAUCUCUUGACACAAGUCGGUGUCAGUGUUUCAUCGAGAAACCCGGGGGGACGGAGGAGCCACCCAAACAGUUCACGUUUGAUGGGACUUAUUUCAUCGACCAAACCACUGAACAGAUGUACAACGAGAUCGCGUACCCAUUGGUCGAGGGAGUAACAGAAGGCUACAAUGGAACAAUUUUCGCCUAUGGACAGACUGGAAGUGGCAAGUCCUUCACUAUGCAGGGUGUGGUGGAGCCACCGACACAAAGAGGUGUGAUUCCAAGAGCCUUUGAGCACAUCUUUGAGACUAUUCAGUGUGCAGAGAACACAAAAUUCCUAGUUAGGGCGUCCUAUCUUGAGAUCUACAAUGAAGAAAUCAGGGAUCUAUUGGGGUGUGACACCAAACAGAAAAUGGAGCUGAAGGAACAUCCUGAGCGGGGUAUAUAUGUGCGCGACCUCUCUAUGCACACUGUACACAGUGUGGGGGAGUGUGAACACAUCAUGGAGCAGGGUUGGAAAAAUCGCUCUGUUGGCUACACCCUCAUGAACAAGGAUUCCUCUCGUUCCCACUCCAUCUUCACCAUUCAUCUGGAGAUCUGCAACACAGAUGCAGCUGGAAAGGACCACCUAAGAGCAGGCAAGCUGAACUUGGUGGACCUGGCAGGCAGCGAACGGCAGUCAAAGACAGGCGCUACAGGGGAUCGUCUGCGUGAAGCCACCAAGAUUAACUUGUCUCUCUCCGCCCUGGGCAAUGUCAUAUCGGCACUGGUGGACGGGCGCUCCAAGCACAUCCCGUAUCGUGAUUCCAAGCUCACGCGACUGCUCCAGGACUCUCUAGGUGGCAACACACGCACUCUCAUGGUGGCUUGUCUCUCACCCGCCGACAACAACUAUGAGGAAAGCUUGAGCACCCUUCGAUACGCCAACCGCGCCAAGAACAUCCAGAACCGCCCUCGAAUUAACGAAGACCCCAAAGAUGCUCUUCUGCGGGAGUACCAGGAAGAGAUUAAGCAGUUACGAGCGCUCAUCUCCGGCCAGCUGGGCACAUCCAAUCUAUCAUCACUAUUGGCAGGUCAGAUAUCAGAGAGGCCUGUGGCUGCAUACAGACCUCAGAGUUGUACUGCGGACAGUGAGGUGGAGAAAGAGAAAAUAAAACAGGAAUAUGAGGAGAAGCUUGCCAAACUGCAGGCAGAUUACAAUGCAGAACAGCAGUCCAAAGCUAAACUACAGGAAGACAUUACUGCCCUCCGCACAUCCUACGAGAUCAAACUGUCCAGUCUGGAAAAAUCCAGAGGCAGUCAAACACCUAACAUCGCACAGGCAAAAGAGGAGCCCAUGUCUGUUGCUGCUACUGUUGCAACUGCUACUCCAGCCCACAAAGAGAAUGUAAACCAGACGUCUCACGUGAGCAGUGUUCAGCGAGGUUCCGAGGUCGAGGACACAGCCCCUGAGUCAGUUGUUGUUGCUGCUCCAGGCUUCCUGGACCAGAAGCAUUUUUUGGAAAGGCUUCAGCAGCUAGAGCAGGAGUUUGUAGGAGGAGAGCAGGCACAGAAUGAGGAGUUAAGGCAGCGGCACAAGCAGAGGAAGAAUCUGGCCGACCAGAGGAAGAAGGAGCUGAUCGAGGCACUGAGCCAGGACAGCGAGGAAAGUGACAGUGUACUGCUCAGCGUGUACGACUCCAUCCAGGAGGAGUUACAUGCCAAGAGCAAACUGCUGGAGAGCACCCAAGGAAAGUUAAAAGCAGCCAAGCUGGAGAUACGGGACCUGCAGGCCGAAUUUGAAAUCGAACGAAAUGAUUAUUUGUCCACCAUCCGGCGGCUGGAGCGUGAAGGGCUGCUCCUUCAGGCUAUCGUGGAACGCAUGGUGCCCUUGGUCCGCAGGGACUGCAAUUAUAGCAACCUGGACCGGCUGCGCAGGGAGGCCGAGUGGGAUGAGGACUUGAACGUGUGGAAGAUUCCAGAGGUUCUGGUGCAGAAAACAGCCCUGCCUGCAGUACCUCCCUCAGCAGUGACUGGCCCUGGUCGACUCCCCUCCCGCAGGAACUCUGCCGCGGACACAGCAGAACCCUUCACGGUUGAAGAGGAGGAAGACCGGUAUAAAGAGAUGUUGAACCGCAGUGUCAGUGAGAACAUCGCCAGUAACUACUUUAAAUCGAGGAGGGCCAGUCAGCUGCUCGCAGGAGAGCCCAUGAAGACUGUUGCAUUUCCUCAUUCUGCUCUGCUUGGAAACGGGAUGUCACACCAGUCCUCCAGUGGGUCCAGCUUGUCUCCCGUAUCCACAGAGUCCGUUCUCCCACGCCCAUUCCGACUGGAAUCACUUGGCACCGCCCUCUCAAACGGCAAGAUGAAACGUAAGAAAAGCAAAACGCAUAUCCCUUAUGAUGGGAACUGA